AUGUCAACCUCCGCUUUUGCUUCCGACCACCGCGCUCCGGAGCCCAGCGCGUCCUCACAGCAACAGCAAUCGCCUACAUCUGCACCACCCAUAGACUCACGCCUCUCUCCCUUCUCCGCCCCGUCCAAGUCGGUUCCUCCCUCGCCGCCGCAGACUCCCCUCAUAAAGCCGUCGGUGGUGCCCCCGUUGCCCGAGGGUCACCAGCAUCCGACCCUUAAGCGGACCAACACCUGUCCCGGUCCUGCUCCUACCACUGCCACUUCCGUCUUCUCAUCUUCUUCAAGAGCGUCUGCGAACCAGUACGGCUCUCAGUCACCCCAGCUGACGGAGCGGGACUCCAUCUUUGCUACCCAUUAUCUUCCGUCAGAGGAGGUCGACCAAGGUAGCCCAGCCGAGGACGAACACCAGGAACAUCACCAGCCGGACCAGGAGAAAUACGACUUUCGUCCUAGUCAGGUUAAUAGAUAUGUUAGCUCGCUCUCAUCGUCUAUCGGUUCGGCACGAUGGCAGCCAGCUCCUACUCCAGAACCAACUCCAGAUGACCGCAUGACCCAUCAGUUCCCGUUGCCAACCCGUUCGCGCACCGUAGCCGAUCUCUCCUCCCUCUCUCACCAUCACAGCAACAACGACAUCAGCAACAACAGCAGCAGCAGCAGCAACAUCAGUUCCGGCAUCCCACUCACAUUCGACCGUCUCUCCCCACGGCCAUCCCCUAUAUUCCGCCCCCAACCUGGUCCAAACAGGGGCCGAGAUCAGAGCCAGGACCAGGACCAGGAUUCCUCUGGUACUGACACAAUGGCUCUCCUCGCAUCCCGGGACCUUAGUUCUCACCAUGACCUCAUGCGUGGGCGCGCCUCCCGAGUCGAAAAGUCCAUCGAAGCUAGUUUGGCCAACGUCGAUCCCAGCGCCAAUGUUCGCUCCCGCAAGUCCAGUCACUACCUAGGCCUUUUCAAGGAGAACACUGGAUCACCAGAACGGAGAAAGAGUAUUGCACCAGACCUCGCAGCCCUAGACGAGCUCUCCGGCACAAGACCGAACAGAUCGGACGAAUCACCAACUGCCGUCCCCAAAGCAUUGCUCGAGGAGAUACGGAGGCACCGGGGAAGCACUGCCAAUGGAGCACUGCCAGGGCUACCCAGGACAAUUCCAUCUCGUGACACACGCAUGCUCUACCCUGGUCACACGCUCGAAGGCUUCUCCCCAGACUCGGAUUUUGCUCCUCGGCCAGGCCUUGCCGAAUCGGUGUUUGAGGACGACGAUGAGGAAAAAGAACGCAUCUCCUCUGCGCUCUACUUUCCCCAUCAACGGCCGCUUGAGGCAGACAAGGAUAAAUUGCAGCCGGAACAACCAUUCUCAUCUUCCCCGGCCAACCUAAAGUCCCCCAGCGAGGCCAACCUAGUCGACAUCUCCCUCUUCUCAAAGAGUGAGAAGAGUGUCUUCACUGGUGACCUGCGCAAGACCAUCACCGAGCCCAUUGAACCAUCCGUUCCGCCAAAUGCCUCUGUCGUGGUCGAACCAGCUACCGAUGUCUCCGAGUCUGACUAUGUCUCUGCCUCCGAAAGCUACGCUUCCACCACCCACGACGAACCCGAUGACGACGAGCUAUCCUCCCAUGACGAGGCUGCAACAACCCCUCGCGGUACUCCUCGGCCACGCCACCAAUUCAAGCACCCGCACUCCCACCACAUACGGCCGCCUACUGCACCCCUAGGUGCCGUAGAGCUGAAGCCAUAUCGCCAUCAGGUCGGCGGGCACACUACGGUCUUCCGUUUCUCCCGGCGUGCAGUAUGUAAACAGUUGAACAAUCGGGAAAAUCAGUUUUAUGAACGUAUCGAGAGAAGACACCCGGAAAUGCUAGUGUUCCUAGCUAGAUACAUCGGCGUGCUUAACGUGACUUUCUCCAAGGGCACGAAAAAACCGAACAGGAAGGAGAGUAAUGGCAGUAAAGGCAACACAGCCCCAGCAGAGCCUGCGGCCAAGUCUACAGCCGUUGAUGCCCAAACCACCACCACUCCCAUCCCACCAAAACGCAGCGAUACUGGCAAGUCGAAUGGCCAACGUAUCUUCAGCCAGUCCCAGGUCACUGGCAUAAUACCGAAGGUCAUCCUCGAGAACAACCGCCACAUCAUCCCCUUUGACCUCUUCAUGACCCCCCAUUCGACCAAGAGCACCGGCGGCAGCGGACAGGCUACACCCUCCCAAUCCCACUGCGGAUCCCUCGAUGAAGUCUCGGCAAACCUCACCUGCUCAUCUAAGUCGACAUCAGAACUCAACGGCGAGACUGACAAGGUAGAACAGAUGACAUGGGGUGCCACCACGGUUAACACGAAACUCCAGGAACAAGUCUUACGUGAAGUCUUUAUGCCUCCAACUAUACACUCACAUCAUCAACGCCACCAUCGAGGUGCUCGGAAUAUACCCAAACUACGACCGGGCACCUCUCUCCGGAAAGACUGCAAACCCUCAUUCCUACACAGGGGGUGCAGUGAACUCUCCGUGUCUAUUGCAGACAAGCCCACGCUUUCUGCUUCAGCUACUGCUGCCAUAACGCAGGAGGCAGCACGAGUGCCCGGGCCAUCGUCGUCGACGGAGACAUUCUGGCUCGGGGCUAGAAAGGAAACGCAGUAUGAGUACUGGACCGGCGAUCUCAUGUUCUACGAGGACGAAGGCUACGGAGGGGAUAAAGAGGAUGAAAUAUUCAAAAUGGAAGACGACGUACGCCUAUCCCCCAAGUCUAGCGUGAGUGGGAGUGGGAAGCUGACCCUUCCUGUGUCCCUUGGUACCUCUACAGGCGAGCCUGUACGCUUGCCCACCAAUCCAAAAGAAGCUCAGACAACAACCACCAGCGAAGAUCGUGUUCAGUUCUUCCUUCUUCUCGAAGAUCUCACCGCUGGCAUGAACAAACCAUGUGUCCUCGACCUCAAGAUGGGCACUCGUCAAUACGGCAUUGAUGCUGACGAGAAGAAGAAGAAGUCCCAACGCCGCAAGUGUCAAAGUACCACGUCCCAGCAGCUGGGUGUCCGACUCUGUGGUAUGCAGGUCUGGAACGUCACCAAGCGUGAAUAUCUCUUUGAAGAUAAAUAUUUCGGACGUGAUUUGUCCUCGGGCCGCGAGUUCCAGGACGCUCUUACUCGGUUCUUGUACGAUGGAUCAAGCUACAGCUCAGUCAUUGGCAAGAUUCCCAUCAUCCUAGACAAGCUCUCCCAGCUCGAAAGCAUGAUUGUGCGUCUGCCGGGAUACCGUUUCUACGCCUCUUCUCUCCUCAUCCUCUACGAUGGUGACCGUUCGUCCCAGUCCUCCAAGGAUGCCAAACCCAACACCAUUUUUGAAACACAUUCAAGCUCUUCUCUCCCCAACCCGUCGAACCUCACUCUCAAAAUCGUUGACUUUGCAAACUGCGUCACCGGUGAAGACGGGAUUCCUCCUUCGUCCCGCUGUCCACCCCAUAACCCUUCUGAUAUUGAUAGAGGGUACCUCCGCGGUCUACGAACAUUACGUAUGUACUUCCAGCGUAUCCUACGCGAAGUCAGCUCUAGUGUUGGCGAAGGGUACGUAGAGCGUGGAGAAGGAGAGGCCCUCUCCGCUGCGCCAUCCAGCAUUGUUGGCGCUGGCAGGGAAAGAGGGGAGGCAUGGGCAUGGGAUGAAGCCCUGGGCGAGCUAGAGGAGGGGGAGAUCAGUGUAUAA